GCGGGCUGCGUCACUGGUGCGCGCCGCGAGUCCGGGCGCCAUGGCGGCGCUGGGCGGGGACGGGCUGCGCCUGCUGUCGGUGUCGCGGCCGGAGCGGCGGCUGGAGCGGCAGCCCGAGGCGGCGGCGCUGGGCGGCGCGGGCCCCGGGCUGUGCUGCUGGGUGUCGGUGUUCUCCUGCCUCAGCCUGGCCUGCUCCUACGUGGGCAGCCUGUAUGUCUGGAAGAGCGAACUGCCCAGGGACCACCCGGCCGUCAUCAAGCGGCGCUUCACCAGCGUCCUGGUGGUGUCCAGCCUCUCGCCUCUCUGCGUGCUGCUCUGGCGGGAGCUGACGGGCAUCCAGCCAGGCACACCCCUGCUCACCCUGAUGGGCGUCCGGCUGGAGGGCAUCUUUCCCGCAGCACUGCUGCCCCUGCUACUGACCAUGAUCCUGUUCUUGGGCCCACUGAUGCAGCUGACGAUGGACUGCCCCUGUGACCUGGCAGCAGGGCUGAGGGUCGUCAUGGCUCCCCGCGCCUGGGCCCGCUGCCUCACAGACCUGCGCUGGCUGCGCAACCAGGUGAUUGCCCCGCUGACAGAGGAGCUGGUCUUCCGGGCUUGCAUGCUGCCCAUGCUGGCGCCCUGCACGGGCCUGGGCCCUGCCGUGCUCACCUGCCCACUCUUCUUCGGGGUCGCCCACUUCCACCACAUCAUCGAGCAGCUGCGCUUCCGCCAGAGUAGCGUGGGGAGCAUCUUCCUGUCUGCAGCCUUCCAGUUCUCCUACACGGCUGUCUUCGGUGCCUACACAGCCUUCCUCUUCAUCCGCACAGGACACCUCAUCGGGCCGGUUCUCUGCCACUCCUUCUGCAACUACAUGGGCUUCCCGGCCGUUUGCGCAGCCCUGGAACACCCACAGAGGUGGCUGCUGCUGGCAGGCUACGCCCUUGGCGUAGGGCUCUUCCUGCUCCUGCUACAGCCCCUCACGGACCCCAAGCUCUACGGCAGCCUGCCCCUGUGCGUGCUGCUGCAGCGGGCGGGGAGCACAGAGCUCCCCCUGUGCUCCUGACGCCUCCUGCGUGCACCCACGGACUCGGGCUCCUCAGCCCCUCCGCAGCGCGGGUACUGCAGGGAGGGCCAGCUGGGCUCCCCAAGAUCUCAGGAAUUUUUAUAGGGGACUGAAGCUAGAGCUAGUUCAUCCCAGGGACCAAGGGAAGGAGCAGAGAUCCCCACAGGGUAGCCCCUCCACAGUGGGGUUGGGGGGCCGCGGCUGGGCCAGGAGCCAGCACCCCCGCGGCCUGCCGCCCCUCUGCAUCUGUAACGCAGCUGCUUGGGUUGGUUUUUGGUUUUUGUUCGUUUAAUUUAUAACCCCUCCCCUCGCUUCCCAGGGUUUUCUCAUUGUCUUUUUGCAUCAGGACUUUGUAUUGGGAUAUUAAAGAGAUUUAACUUGGGUAA